UGAAGGCCAAAGGGAGAUGAUUGAUCCCCAGGAGGCGGCUGUUGCAGCACCUGACACCCCCCCCCAUACACCCACCCUUCAAGGAAGUGCUCCCCGCGAGGCAAGACACAGGAAGCCGAGCUAAAAACCGCAGGACAGCCCAGGGCAGGGUUAGGGGCUGCCAGCCACCUAGGCCUGCAAUCUUCUCCCGCAGAGGAAUUCUGGUGCUACAGCUUGGGGAUCCGGAGAAUUUUUCCUGGUGCUGGGGAAACCCCAAGACCUCACAAUGAAGUCCCUUCUGCUACUGCUGCUCCCCUUCUUGGCGCAGGACUCCCACUCCUUCGAGGUCCCAGAAAAGGAGAAGGAUCCUCAGUUCUGGCGGCUCCAGGCCCAGGAGACGCUGCAGAGAGCUUUGAGCCUUCAAAAGCUGAACACCAAUGUGGCGAAGAAUAUCAUCCUCUUCCUCGGAGACGGGAUGGGAAUCUCCACCGUGACGGCCGCCCGUAUCCUGAAGGGCCAGCUGCAGCAGAGAACCGGGGAAGAAACCGUAUUGGAAAUGGACCGCUUUCCAUUUGUGGCGCUGUCUAAGACCUACAACACCAACGCACAAGUGCCGGAUAGCGCGGGCACCGCCACCGCCUACUUAUGCGGCGUGAAGGCCAACGAAGGCACCGUGGGGGUCAGCGCAGCCGUGACGCGCUCCCAAUGCAACACGACGGCCGGCAACGAAGUGACCUCCAUCCUCAAGUGGGCAAAAGCAGCAGGUAAAUCUGUGGGCAUUGUCACCACCACCCGCGUCAACCACGCCACGCCGAGUGCUGCUUAUGCGCACUCGGCCGACCGGGACUGGUAUUCGGACAACGAGAUGCCCCCGGAAGCGCUUCAGCAGGGGUGCAAAGACAUCGCCCACCAGCUGUUUGAGAACAUCCCAGACAUCGAGGUCAUCAUGGGAGGAGGCCGGAAGUACAUGUUCCCCAAGAACACGAGCGACGUGGAGUACCCGGAUGAGGAGAAGUACAAAGGGACCCGGCUGGAUAAUAGGAAUCUGGUCCAGGAGUGGAAAGAUGCCAAGCCCAAAGAAAAGAAUGCCGUCUAUCUAUGGAACCGGGAGAGGCUGAUGGAGCUGGACCCAGCAAAAGUCGACUAUGUUUUGGGUCUCUUCGAGCCCAUCGACAUGAUGUAUGAACUGAGCAGGAACAACCAAACCGACCCUUCCUUGACCGAAAUGGUGACAGUGGCGAUCCAAAUCCUCCAGAAGAACCCCCGUGGAUUCUUCCUCCUGGUCGAGGGCGGCAGGAUUGACCACGGGCACCACGAGGGAAAGGCCAAGCAGGCCCUGCAUGAGGCGGUAGAGAUGGACCGGGCCAUUGGCGAGGCUGGCAUCCUGACCUCUACCGAAGACACUCUGACGGUGGUGACCGCGGACCACUCCCACGUGUUCACAUUUGGGGGCUACACAACCCGUGGCAAUUCCAUUUUCGGGCUGGCCCCGAUGCAGAGCGACAUGGACAAGAAGCCAUUCACUUCCAUCCUGUACGGAAACGGACCCGGGUACAAAAUAAUAGCUGGAGAGAGAGAGAACAUCUCUGCGGUCAAUUUCACUGAUAUCAACUACCAGGCGCAGUCAGCCGUCCCGCUGCGCAUGGAAACCCACGGAGGGGAGGACGUGGCUGUCUUCGCCAAAGGCCCCAUGGCUCACCUCCUCCACGGGGUCCACGAGCAGAACUACAUCCCCCACGUGAUGGCUUACGCGGCCUGCAUUGGCGAGAACCGGGCGCACUGCCAUUCGGGCGCGUCAGGCAGCCGUUCCGGAUCCGUCCCUCUGAUUUCGGCCAUCUUCUCCGUCCUCCUGCUCCGAGUUUUGUUUUAAAGGCGCAGCUCUUCGGACUCUCUGGCUCGAGGCUUUUUUUGGGGGGAUCUGUUUUGAGAUUUCCAGCCUCAAACCUCCUCGAGGGGUUUCUGGCUUCACGGAGGGGAAAACUACAUUGGACGACUCGGCUUACUUCCCCGAGGAACUGCUGUGCUUGGGAACAGAACGGUCCAUGGCGUCAGGAUCGGUGCCAAUCGGAGCAGCUGGAAAAGCCGGGAUAUAUUUUUUUUACUUCUCACUCCUCUUAAAAGAGAAGGGCUUGUCCCGUUGGAACAGGAAGGAGCAUGCGUGCCUGGCUCACCUCGACAGACCUUAGGCAUCUCCGGGCCUUGAACUCUUCCAAAGACUGUUCCCCGAACUCUCCCAAAGCCAAUUCAGAAUAGAAAUACGACACCUGGUAAGGGUGUCCCAUUUGCCCACUGUCCCGGUUGCCCGCUACGAUCCAGUGGUGGGAUUCAGCCAGUUCGCACCUAUUCGGGAGAACCGGUUGUUAACUUUCCAAGCAGUUUGGAGAACCGGUUGUUGGAAGAAAUCUUACUUCGCUUUUUUCCCACUUUAGAGGGCUAAUCCUAUAAGGAAGGAAACAUUCUGGUGGUGUUUCUAGCCUAAUCUUUAUUGCCCUGCUUACAGAAACUGCCUCUCUGGUUAACCCUUAUUACAUUGUAACAGCUAAGGCGAAGUGCCCGUCAACAUGAGUGACGUUGAGUUGGCCACGCCCAUACAGUCACAUGACCACCAAGCCACGCCUACCCAGCUGGUCGUUAGGACAGAGAACUGAUUGUUAAAUUAUUUGAAUCCCACCACUGCUUUGACCUACUUUCGCUUGUAAGUGGCAGAACUCAAGAGACAGUCACAUCUGUCCACAUCAGCCGUGUCCCUUGAUUUGAGCCCCGAAGAAAUUUCCUAGCAGCUUCUAAGUGCCUCUCACAUUCCCAAAGAAUGGAAGUCACAGGACGUCCCGGGCAGGGGUGAUCCGGGGCACGAAGGCCGUAAAUUACCGAACCCCAUAAAAAAGAAGAUCUGUGCCUCAUUCCCAUCAAGUCAAGUUUUUCUGCUGCCAAGAUCUGGGACAAGAUGGCCCUUUGUAGCAAUUCUGGAGACUUUUAAAACAUGUCGCCCUUUACAUCCACCCUCCCCACACAAUUAAGAAUUGUGACUUAAGCGAAUGAAAGUCUGAAAAGCAGAAAACUCUGCCGCAGGGCAAGGAAUCCCAAGGAAGGCGGCAGAGGGUGCCAUCGUAAUAAGCCAGGGUGGGGUAGGCCCUGUUGUAAACGCCGCCUCUUGUUACGCACUGCAGUUUGCAAACAACUCGGCUUUGCAGAUUAGCACAACGGGCAAACCCGGUUACUGUAUGCAGCUUAUUCAGCAAACCCUGGUUAAAGGCAAAAAAAAAAAAAAGCUUAAUUUGAGAGGUGGGCAAGAAUGACUGCAGACUCCACCCUAAAGGUGUGUGUGGGGGGGACACUGCAGUGUAAAUCUUUGUGGGGGGCAGAGAGCUUAUUAUGGACUGUGUCCCUCCUGGCGCAGAAGGCUGAGUUGUGGGGAAGGAAAGGAGAACUGGAGGGGGCCCGCUGCCCUUCACAAAACAGGAAGGCUAGAACGAAGUCAGACAGGUCUCGGCAGUGAAUGCCCCAACCGGAGGUCAGACUUGCUGUGGCUCUUCAUGUCUCGAGAGCAACUCCUUGUCUUUACUUUUGCUUCUCGGGGCAACCAAGGGGCAUCCAUUGUCCCACAACCGGUCUUUAAACACCAUGGAAGUCAUUCCCGCAAGACACCAUGGAAAAUCUUUCUCUUCCUCUUCCCCAGCUGGAAGCCAUGAUGGAUGGGCAAGGGUUCGCCUUUAGAGGCCGUGCAUGGAAGGGGAAGAGGUCUGAACUUCUCCAGAGGCUUCUGGUGGCCGCACUAGAGCACUAGGGCUGGGCUCCCGGUCAUCGUCGGUUGGGUGCAGCUUGGCUUCUCGCAGCCCUUCCGGUCUUCCUGACCGUUUGUUGGGCAGGGAACGAGUUGGGGGCAGCCUCUUUGCCCUCUGCAAGGACAGGACCAGUGGUGUUAUUCAGCCGGUUCUAUCCGGUUCGGGAGAACCGAUUAGUGCUUGUGGCAGGAGGCUCCGCCCACCCGCCCAGACGUCAUCACGUCCCGUUUUUGACGCUCUGUGCCUGCGCGGAAGGCUCUGCACACUUGCAAACUGGUAGCGGAGGUAAGUAUAUACUACCCCUGGACAGGACCUUCACCUCUCCCUGCUACUUUGGCAGGGCGAAGUCUUUUAAGAGCACGGGGAGAUUUUCGCUUCCAGACAGAGAAAGCGUCAGACAAGCAGCUUCUUCAACUUCGAAGGAUGGAUGGAAGGCUUCUGUGCCAAAGAAAAGGCGCCCAGAUCGGCUGGCAGGAACACGGGCACCUUUAGGGAGAGAGAGAGAGAGAGAGAGAGAGAUCAGUGGGAGUUGCUCUCACUUUAAAAACAACAACAACUCUAAAUUGAUUUUUUUUUUGGGUCUUUGUUUGCAUAACUUUUAAAAAAUUGAAAUUUGGGGGU